AUACGAAUAGCGCGCUGUUCGUACAACUGACGCGCGUCGUUACUUAAUUCUGUUCGUGUCCAUUAAAAUCCACUCUAAACUAGGAGUGUAGGUGCAGUGUGGUGAUGGUGUGUUUAUAGUUAUACAACUGGAUUGUGUAUACCUACAAAGUACCCGUCAGUGGUCCGUGGACUUUCCACUGAACUUUAGGCGUUCGUCUGGCGAGGAAGGCGGCGUUUACUCCGGGAGGAAUGAGCCCCGUGAACCACUGCUUCCAUACUCACCGAUGAUCUCAAGAGACAAUGUACAAAGAAACCUUACCUCUUGUGGUAUGGACGCUCUUAGUCAUAACAACAAAUGUAGCGACGCAAAGCCAGUACGGAAUAGGAUUAGGAAUAAAACGAGAAGUAUUUUUCUUAAAUUUAGAAGACGGCUACUUUGGCUGUCAAGUUAACGAAUCGACUCAAAUAUUACAAUUAUACGAAUUAUCCAAAUUAUGUGAUGGCGUACCCGACUGCUAUAAGGCAUCUGAUGAGCUCAGAACCGAAUUGAAGUGUUCAGAUGACUGUACCAAAGAAGAUGGGGCACAGUGUAUAAACGGUGCUUGUCUAAAUGGUGUUUGCUAUUGUAAUGAUGGAUUCGGAGGCUGCAAUUGUCAGGAACAAGAUGUCAACGAAUGUAAGGACCGGCCUUGUGAUGUUUUCGCACACUGCACGAACACAGUCGGAAGCUUUCAGUGCUCUUGUUUCCCUGGAUAUGUUGGAGACGGAUUCUCUUGCAAAGACAUCAAUGAAUGUGAAGACCCAGCCGUAGCAGCGAGAUGUGUGGAAAAUGCGGAAUGUUGCAAUCUUCCUGCUCAUUUCAUAUGUAAAUGCAACCGUGGGUUUGAAGGUGACGGCGAAGAAGAAUGUCGAGAUAUUGAUGAAUGCCGAAGACCUGGUGCUUGCGGUUCAAAUGCCGUUUGUCAAAAUUACCCCGGAAACUACACAUGCGCCUGUCAAGCUGGCUACACAGGAAAUCCAUUUGAUGGAUGUGUUGACAUCGACGAAUGUGCGAACUCGGAUGCCUGUGGUGCGGGAGCUGUGUGCCGAAAUCUUGUGGGAGGCUACGAAUGCAGUUGUCUACCUGGACACGAAGGGGACCCCAGAGUCACCUGUACGCCUACGGAUCAAUGUUCUAGAACGUCAUGUGGACGCGGGGCACUCUGUGAAAACCUUCCAGGAACCUAUCGAUGUGUCUGCCCGCCAGGUUUUGAAGGCGAUCCCAAUGUCAAAUGCAAUGACGUAGAUGAGUGUAAAAAUAGCAAAGCGGUAUGUGGUGCCAAUGCUGUUUGUGCAAACACGGUAGGAAGCUUCGUAUGCAAUUGUUUGCCCGACUACACGGGAGAUGCGCGCGCUUCGGAUGGCUGCAAAGAUGUGGAUGAAUGUGAGGCACUAGAACAUCCCUGCGGAUUACAUGCUAUAUGUGAAAAUGCUUCACCAGGAUAUAACUGUCUUUGCCCUCAAGGGUAUAGAGGUCACCCAGAUCCGCAAAUUGCUUGCGAACAGGUUGAUGUUAACACUUUGUGUAAAUCUAAUUUCGACUGCACAAACAAUGCUGAAUGCCUAGAAGGUCAGUGCUUCUGUAAAUAUGGUUUCCAACCGAAAGGAUCAGUCUGUGUGGACAUAGACGAAUGCACAAAUUCUUCAUUAUGUGGCGAUAAUUCGAUUUGUAUUAAUUCCAUUGGAAGUUACGCUUGCGAAUGUGUAACUGGCUACGUAGGGUCACCACCACAAGUGAAAUGUCGUGCUCCGUGUGAAGAUGUGCACUGUGGAGAGCAUUCAUAUUGUAAGUCCGAUGGGGCCGAUGCCUAUUGUAUGUGCGAUGAGGGAUGGAAUUUCAACCCUAACGACAUAUCUGCUGGAUGUGUCGAUAUUGAUGAAUGUGAUACUGCUAAUGGAGCAACGUCUCACUGUGGUGCUAAUGCACUUUGCUCAAAUAAACCUGGAAGUUUCAUGUGCCAAUGUCCCGAUGGAUUUACUGGUGAUCCCUAUAAGAAUUGUUUUGAUAUCAACGAGUGUCAAAUAGAUAAUAGUUGUGGUGCCGGCGCAGAAUGUAUAAAUGAAAAAGGUUCCUAUUCAUGUUCAUGCCCUGAUGGAACAGUCCCAGACCCUGAUCCUCGAGUAAAAUGUUCAGAAAUUCUAACUUGUCAUAAAAGUGAUGAUUGUCCUGGAAAUGCUAUUUGUGAUGGUAAUGCAAAGUGCAUUUGCCCCGAGCCAAACAUUGGAAAUGAUUGUCGGCAUCCCUGUGAAGCGUUACACUGUGGAAGUAAUUCUGAAUGUCUCUUAAACGAGCAAACUGCCCAAUGUACAUGUCGAAACGGCUUUAGUGGUGAACCAACAUCAGCGAGUGGUUGUCAAGAUAUAAAUGAAUGUGAAGCUAAUCCUUGUGCCCCUGGAGCCGUUUGUAAAAAUUUACCCGGACAUUUUCAAUGUGAGUGUCCAGGUCAAUUCAAAGGAGAUCCCUAUACUGAAGGCUGUAUCAUCAGUAAGCAACCUCAUGCUUGUGGCAAUACAAAUCCAUGUCCGCAGGGUGAGCAAUGUAUACUAAAUAAUAAUGAAAACGUUUGCAUUUGUGGUCAGGGAUUUUCUCGUAAUGAUGAAACGGGUCUAUGUGAAGAUAUAAACGAAUGCAUUCAAUAUGGCCGCUCGCCUUGUGGUCUAAACGCUAUAUGUAAAAAUUUACCUGGAAGCUAUGAAUGUAGAUGCCCACCUGAAUAUAGUGGAAAUCCAUACAACUUAUGCGAAGAAUGUAACGAUAUUUCGUGUCAGUGUCAACCUCCAUACAAAAUUGUUGAUGGUACUUGUGUACUGUCUGGCUGUUCAGAAGAAAAGAAAUGCGGAAAAGGAGCAGAAUGUAUAAUUAUUUCUGAUAAUGUUAGUUACUGUGCAUGUCCAAUCGGUUAUUCUCAAACUAUUGACGGAGCUUGUGAAGAUAUAAACGAGUGCUCUCUUGAUCAGCCUGCAUGUGGAUUUGGUGCAGAAUGUGUCAAUACUGUUGGAUCUUAUGUAUGUAAAUGCCCUCCUGGUUAUGGAAAAGACUCAAUUUCGGGUCAUUGUAGCUUAAACCAAAAGCGCUGUAUAAGCGACAGCGAUUGCUUCGCCAAUGAAAAGUGUGUCCAGCCCGGAAACUGUGUUUGCCCGCCUCCGUUUUAUUUAGAUAUUACAGAUGGGCAAAAAUGUAAAAGCCCCUGUGAAAGGUUUACUUGUGGAAUUAAUGCGAAAUGUACACCAAGUGAUCCACCAAGGUGCAUGUGCAUGUCGGGCUACGAAGGAGACCCUUAUACGGGUUGUACAAACAGGAAUGAAUGCCAAAGUGCUCCCUGCGCUUAUGGCGCAAUAUGCAAUGAUGAACAAGGUGGAUAUAAAUGUAUAUGUCCACAAAAUAUGGUUGGCGAUCCGUACAAAUCUGGAUGUACCGUCGAACAAAUACCGUCACAGAAACUAUUAUGUAGCAAAGACAAUCAAUGCCCCAAUAACUUUGCUUGUCUAAAUCGAACAUGUGCUUCUCCAUGCCUAAGUGUAUCCUGUGGACCAAAUGCUUUUUGUGAGGUUGAUAAUCACGCCGCGUGGUGUCGUUGUAAUCCCGGAUACACAAAACCAGAAGGCGGAAAAUGUGUUUCAGGCUGUGAUUCCUAUUCGUGUGCCUCCGGCGCCCACUGCAUUAUUUCAAAAUCCGGUCCAACAUGCGUAUGCCCAGAGGGUACUGUUGGAAAUCCAUUCCCUGGAGGUAUUUGUAGACGGGACUUGUGCGGAGCAGGCAUUCCGUGUGAGGAACCAAUGUCGUGUGUAGCCGGCAGAUGUCGCCAGCGUUGCGAGGAUGUCGUCUGUGGUAUCGGUGCCACUUGUGAUGAAGGAACAGGCCGCUGUAUUUGUAAUGCCUUCUUUGUUGGAAACCCAGACUUACUUUGUAUGCCUCCCGUAGCCCCACCAGCCUGUAAACCGGGUUGUUCCCAGAAUGCCCAUUGCGUUUAUGGACAAAGUAAUGUUUGCAAAUGCAAUAAAGGAUUCACCGGUAAUCCAUAUAAGAACUGUUUACCUCGAAAAGAAAUAACAUGUGCGAAAGCUUCGUGUGGGACGAAUGCAGUAUGUCAGCAGACAAGAUCGCACGUAGAAUGUCUUUGUCCACCAGGAUAUGUUGGUAAUCCUAAUUUACAAUGUAUCGAUAUAGACGAGUGUGGCUCACACCCGUGCGGUGAAAAUGCGAUUUGUAUCAACACACCUGGAAGUUAUAGUUGUAUAUGCAAAAGCCGGUAUAUUGGUAACCCAUACGAGCUCUGCACUCAAGUAUCAGUAUCAAAAUGUGUAGAUGGUACAGCGUGUACAUGUUCCCGCAAUAGCUCGUGCCCAGAGGGAUAUUUUUGUGAAAAAUCUAGAUGCAUCGACGCCUGCCGAAAUACGCAGUGUGGACCAAAAACUAUAUGCUCAGAAGGAAAAUGCGAAUGCCUUCCAGGUUACAUAGGAAAUCCCAAUCAUCUUCAACAGGGUUGCACUAUUGAUAAAACAUGUUUUACUGAUGGAGAUUGUAAGGACUCUGAAAUUUGUUUACAAUUAGGUAAAGACACGAGAAAGUGUUUAGAUGCUUGUAGUAAACGUCAAUGUGGGCCUAAUUCGAUAUGCGUCAGUUCAAAUCAUCACGCUCAUUGUAUAUGUGCUGAAGGUUAUGUAGGGAAACCUAAUGAUGUUAAAACUGGAUGUCAAUUACAACAACCCGAGCCUAACGAGGUCGAAUGUAAUGUAAAUACUGAUUGUGCUGAGCCACAAAUUUGUGUGUCAGUAGAUGGUUCAACCAAAAGAUGUCUCGAUCUAUGCUCUACUAUAAUAUGCAGUCCAAAUGAAAUAUGUAAAGUUAUAGAUAAUAGCGCUCGCUGCGACUGCAAGGAAGGUUUUAUAUGGAACCCCUUGAACUCAAUGUGUGAGCAGCCUACAACAUCAAAUUGUAAAAAUGAUAAUGAUUGUGAUGACGAUAAAGCAUGUCAAAAAGAUAUUUUGGAUGUUAAAAAGUGUUUAGAUAUAUGCCAAACAUUUACGUGUCCGCAAAAUUCUAGAUGUAUAACAAAAGGUCACAAAAGUCAGUGUCAAUGUUCUCCAGGUUAUGAAGGAAAUCCUAAUGAUCGAAUUGGUUGCGCACCAAAUAAUAAAAAUCAAUGUGUCAAUGAUGCGCAAUGUAGAGAAAGUGAAAUCUGUAAGACAAUCAAUUCUAUUAAAAAAUGUGUUCCAGCUUGUCAGCAACUAAUUUGUGGACCAAAUGCUCUCUGUGUAACUAAUAAUCACGUUGCUAAUUGUCAAUGCCCCCUAGGACCGUAUAUGGGAGAUCCUAAUGAUUUAAAGAAUGGAUGUAAACAAGUACCGUGUGUUUAUAAUUUAGAUUGUAUGCCUAAUCAACUAUGUAAUCGUAUGACACAUACUUGUAUUGACGUGUGUGAUGAGGAGUCGUGUGGCGAAAAUGCCGUGUGUAUUGCAGAAAAUCAUAAAUUUACAUGUCGUUGUCCAGCCGGUUACCUGGCAAACCCAAUACCUGAAGUGAGUUGUAGAAAAGUUGACGUAUGCCAAUCAAAUCCUUGUCAUAAAUCAGCUAUAUGUGAACCAUCAGGAUCCUCCUUCAUUUGCAAAUGUCCUGAUGGAUUAGUAGGUGAUCCGAAAGAAACAGGCUGUGUAGCACAAAAUAGAUGUCCUAAAGGCGACUCCGAUUGUCCUACAGACACCGUUUGUUUAAACGGGCGGUGUGUAAACCCAUGUGAAAAUGCAUGUGGAGUUAAUUCAUUGUGUAAAGUCGUUGAGAGAAAAGCAAUUUGCUUGUGUCCCGAAGGGUAUGAACUUAUACAGGGGAUAAAUGCGUGUAAGAAAAAAUUAAUUAAAUGUGCUGAUGAUUUAGACUGUGACGGUGACAUUUGUCAUAAUGACCAAUGUUUCACUGCAUGUAAGAAUUCUACGCAAUGUGAACACGGAGAGUUUUGUAUCAAAAAUUUAUGUAUAAAGGAAUGCACUACGCAUAGUCAAUGUAGUAUUGGAGAGGCGUGUGUUGGUGGCCAGUGCUUGAUUGGAUGCCGCGGUAAUAAUGAUUGUAUCAGCGAAGAAGCUUGCGUUAACAACCAAUGUAUUGAUCCUUGUAUCGGUUCAAGAAUAUGUGGCCCAAAUGCAAUUUGUUCAAGAGUUCAACAUGCCACAACAUGUGAAUGCCCUCUAGGAUUCGAAGGAACACCAACCGCUCAACAAGGCUGUAUUAGAAAACCAAAUUCAUGUUCUAAAACUUUAGAUUGUCCGCCAGAUCACAUGUGCAUUGGAUAUUUCUGUCAGGUACCAUGUCAAAUUAAUUCUGACUGUGCCAUGGGGGAAUCAUGUUUUGAUAAUAAAUGUCAUAAGGUAUGCCACACCAGUAGCAACUGUUUACAUGGUGAACACUGUAAUUCUGGAGUAUGCAUACUUGGUUGCAAGGCAGAUUCAGACUGCAUGACUAAUCAAAUGUGUAAGGAAACAAAGUGCCAAUGUCAACCAGGAUUCAAAAUGGCACAGAAUGAAUGUAUAAAUGACAACGAAUGCGUAAAUAAUCCGUGUCACCCCUCAGCCCAGUGUAUAGAUGAUAUCGGUUCUUUUAAAUGUGUCUGCCCUACGGGUGCCAUAGGCGACCCUUACAAAUCAGGAUGUUUAUUGCCCAAUCAAUGUAGACGCGAUAAUCAAUGCGAAGAUUCACUUGUCUGUUUCCGAGGAAAGUGCACAAAUCCGUGUGAAAGAAGUGACCCAUGUGGAACGAAUGCUAUUUGCACAGUUAAUAGGCAUAAAGUAACAUGUGGUUGCAAAAAAGGACAUCUGGGUAAUCCAUUCGAUAAACGAGUGGGCUGUUUUAGGGUCGAAUGUGUGGAUGACACCGAAUGUCCAAAUGAUAAAUUCUGCCGAUUAGAAAGUAACAAAUGUUCAGAUCAAUGUGAUGAAACGAUUUGUCAAGGUGGCAGCUGUAAAAUUAUAAACCAUAAAGCUGUUUGCACUUGUUCAUCUGGUUUUGAAUUAAACAAUUCCAAAUGUGAAGAUAUAAAUGAGUGUCUUACACACCCGUGUCCAUUGAAUGCAAAUUGUGAAAAUACACCCGGGUCAUAUGCUUGCACAUGUGUAAAUGGAACUGUUCUCGAUAUCAACACAAAACACUGCAAAAAGCCUGGAGACUGCUUUACUGACGAAGAUUGUUCAGAAAUUACAAAAUGUAAAAAAAAUCAAUGUACCAAUCCCUGUGAAACAUCUCCUUGUGGUGAUAAUACUGACUGUUACGUAUUAAAGCAUGAACCUGCGUGCGAAUGUCAAACGGGUAGUCAUGGCGAUCCAUAUAAGGGGUGUGUAAAAUUCGAAUGUGUAAAAGAUGCCGAUUGUUCCUCAGAAGAAGCCUGUGUAAAUAACAGAUGUAAAAACUCCUGUAGCAUACCACGUGCAUGUGGUAGAAAUGCGAAUUGCUUCUCCAGAAACCACAUUGGCCACUGUUUCUGUGCUUCUGGAUUCACAGGCGAUCCUGUUUUAGGAUGUGUUCCUGUACAAUAUUGUAACGACGAUAGCAGAUGCUCCUCGGGGACUAAAUGUAUCGACAAUUUGUGCCUAGGACUGUGCAAGAAUUCAAGGGAUUGCCUUAACGAUCAAGUCUGUAUCCAAGAUACAUGUAGACUAACGUGCACAACAAAUGAUACGUGCCUUGACUCAUACUAUUGCUCGAAUAGAAUUUGUAUCAAAGAAAUAAAAUGUACUACCAAUGAUGACUGCUCUGAUGAUGAACAGUGCUCUGAAGACAAAAACGGAAUACCCCAAUGUUCUAAAUUAUGUAACAAUCAACCAUGUGGCAGAAAUGCUCUCUGUAUUGCUACUUCCCAUAAGGCAUCCUGUUCCUGUAAAGAAGGAUAUUUUGGUGAUCCGGUACAAGGUUGUAAAAAAAUUGAGUGUGGUCAGGAUAGUGACUGUUCAGAUGACAAAUUUUGCGAAAAAAAUAUAUGUAAAAUUGCGUGUUUGUCUAAAAACAAAUGUGGAGAGAAUACUGUGUGUUCUUCAGAAAAACAUCAAGCCCUCUGUCACUGUCAACCCGGCUAUACUGGUGAUCCAGCUACGGGUUGUCGACAAAUAAAUUUCUGUCAAUCAAACCCAUGUGGCGAUGGAGCACAAUGCAACAAUACUAGAAGUGGAGCCCAAUGUGUUUGUCCCCAAGGAACGGUAGGCGAUCCUUAUGAAAAAGGGUGUCAAAAAGGCUCUGAAUGUAGAUUUAAUAGGGAUUGUCCCACCGUUGCACGUUGCACCGUUAUUGAUGGGAUAAGAAAAUGCACAGAUGCUUGUGAUAAUAUAAAAUGUGGACCUAAUACUGAGUGUCUUGCGGCGAGACAUUCUGGCCAAUGUAAAUGUAAAACUGGCUUUACUGGAAAUCCUUCAAGUGAAAAAGGCUGUCGACCCCAUGAAAUUUCUUGUAAUACAAAAGACGAUUGCCCUAAAAAUCAAUAUUGCCACGACAAAGCAUGUCAAGCUUUAUGUUUACUUGACGAAGAAUGUAAAAUGCAAGAAAAAUGUACUAACGGCCAAUGCUUAGAUCCAUGUAAAAUGGAAAAUACUUGUGGUUUGAAUGCUUUAUGCAGAACUGAUAAUCACGUUGUACAAUGUAGUUGUCCGUACAGAUUUACUGGAAAUCAAGACGUUGAAUGCGUAAGAAUACCAAGAUUGUGUGGUGGAUCUGGAGAAUGCGAAGAUGGGCAUUAUUGUCAAGAUUCAAUGUGUGUACCUAAAUGUACGGUGGACGAAGAGUGCGCAAUGAAUGAACGUUGCUCCAAAGGAGCUUGUUUGCUGACUUGUCGGGUAGACAACGAUUGUUUCCUUGGACAUAUAUGUCUUGCGAAUAGCUGUCAUUACGGAUGCAGACAAGAUGAUGACUGUGGACCCGAUGAAUUUUGUAGAAACAAUUACUGCCAAAAUCCUUGUGCGAAUGAAGUGAACCCUUGUGGGCCUAACACGAGAUGUACAGCGGUAGAUCGCAAAGCUGUAUGCUCAUGUCUCGAUAACUUAAUACCAAAUCCAACACCUAACGUUGGUUGCGUACGUACCCCUUCACCCACUUGCAAAAUGCAUUCCGAUUGCGCAACAGGAUGGAGAUGUGAAGAUGACCGAUGUAGGCCAGCUUGUACACCUGACGGGAGCGAUUGUCUUCAAGGAGAACGUUGUGAUUUAGGCGUUUGCCGAUUCGCUUGCACCACUGAUGACCACUGCUCCGAUGAAGAAAUUUGCGACGGCAGAUUUUGUAUAACGGGAUGUAAAUCUGACUCCCAAUGUUCAAACGACAAAGCUUGUAUAUCUGGACAGUGUAAGGAUCCUUGCACCGAACCUGCCACGUGUGGUGCCAACGCACUGUGUUUAUCAAAUAAUCACCAACCGAUUUGCACCUGCUCUACAACUUUGACUGGAGAUCCAAAAGUUGCUUGCAGAAGAAUAUCUAUGCCUUGUGAUAUGGACAAAAACUGUGAUGAUGGAUUUAGUUGCUACGGAAAUAUUUGUUAUCCGUCGUGUAGAAGUGAUACCGUUUGUAUGUCAAAUGAAAAAUGUAUACGUGGCAUAUGCAGAGUGGUUUGUAAUAGUGAUGAAGGAUGUAGUGAUGGCCAUAUUUGUGAAAACAGAAUAUGCAAACAAGGCUGUCGCCAUGAUAGAGCUUGUAGUGAUGGACAGGCUUGUUUUAACGGGCAAUGUAAAGAUCCCUGCAAGGAAGGCAAUAGUUGUGGCACAUGUGCUGAUUGUAAAGUCAUAAAUCAUAGACCUCAAUGUAGCUGUUCAAGCAAUUAUACCGGAAAUCCUCUCGUAGAAUGCAAAAGAAAACAGUUACAAUGUGAUGGAUUUUGUCCUUACGAUGAUAGCGGUUUUUGCAUUUCACUUUGUGACAAUAACUCUGAUUGCAAUUGUGAUGAAAAAUGUCACAAUGGCGGGUGCAGGGUUAUGUGCUCAUUGCGCAAUAAAUGCCCGCAGAGACAGAUAUGUUCUCAAGGAGUAUGCUUACCGGGCUGUAAUAGUAACAGAGAUUGUGGAGACGACAUGGUGUGCUCAUCUAAGCAAUGUGUCCCCGUUUGUCGUGAAAAUUCUUGUGGGAAAAAUGCUUUGUGUUCUUCGGCACGACAUCGUCCCAUUUGUAGUUGUCCCAGUGGGUUCUCUGGCGAUCCUAUUAAGGAGUGUAAAGUCUUUGAAUGCUCUAACGACGAUGAAUGCGCUUUGGAUGAGGAAUGUAAUGUAGAAGGUAAAUGUAAAAAUGUGUGUAUACAUGCUUGCGGAACAAACGCAAUAUGUAGAUCUGUGAAUAGAAGUCCACAGUGUACUUGUCCUCCAAACUUUAUUGGUAAUCCCAAGCUUGAAUGUGCAAAACCGACUGGGGGAACUUGUUCUCGAAACCCUUGUGGAGUUAACGCUCGUUGCCGUGAUAUGGAAGAUGGAAGUUACGAGUGCACCUGCCCUCCAGGCUGUGCGGGUAAUCCACAACAUCAAUGUUUCUGCGGCACUAUGAUGCCUUGUGCUGCUAAAAUUUGCGGAACCAACGCACAGUGCCGAAUCGGACAAAAUCAAGAGACACAAUGCUAUUGUCCACGCAAUUAUCCAAACGGAGACCCAAAUAUAGAAUGUACUCAAGAACGCAGUAUUGUUGAUUGCCGUACGACUGGAUGUGGUGUUAAUGGAGAAUGCUUGCGAGAAGGGGCAGAGUUUGUAUGCCGAUGUGUACCUGGUACGGAAGGCCAAGCUGAUAUAGAAUGUCACACCAGUAUCGAAUGUACGAGUGACAAGGACUGUCCUGUCGACAAGGCGUGCCUCAGUUUGCACUGCGUGGACCCGUGCACAGUGCGUGGUGUGUGUGGGGAGGACGCCCUUUGUGUUCCUGUCAUGCAUAGAGCGCAAUGCUCCUGUCCACAAUGCUACGUCGGACAACCCAGACUAGCCUGCCGGCUGGAUCCCACCUGCAAACCUACUUCGGAUAUAAAUAACACAUUCACAUGCUCUGAAACCAAGCCCUGUCCGUCCAAGUUAGCUUGCGACUUAGCUACGAAUUAUUGCCGCAACCCUUGCUUCGACUAUCACAGCUGUCGACCGAAUCAAAAAUGUGAAGUACGUAAUCAUCAACCAGUAUGUGUUUGUCGAAAUGGCUUCGCCUUAAACGACAGAGGUGAAUUGACUUGUGCUCCUGAACACGCUGAAUGCACUAGAGAUGAACAAUGCCCUUCUAAUGCACUUUGUAAAGAUAAUAAAUGUGUGAAUCCAUGUUUGGCAUCUAGAGAGUCAAUGUGUCCAAAAGGAAAACAAUGUGAAGUUGUGGAACACAAAAUUAUGUGCUUGUGCAUUAAAGAUUGCCAUCCAUCAGUAUCGAUCUGCCUGAGAGACACCGGUUGUCCUCAAAACCUUGCGUGUCGAGAUUUUCAAUGCAAAGAUCCUUGCAAAGGUGCAUGCGGAGAUGCCCCUUGCUCUGUAGAAGAUCAUCACCCGGUUUGCAAGUUCUGUCCCGCUGGUUUUAUACAUGAUGAAAAACAUGGCUGUAUUAAAGCGUUAGGAUGCAGUGCUCAUGAGCAAUGUGCUUCGGGACUCGCAUGCAUUGAAGGCCGCUGCUCUGACCCAUGCGCAAAAGGUGGUCCUUGCGCUGUUGGACAUCAUUGUGCAGUCGUUGAUCACCAACCUGUAUGCUCUAAAGUAUGCCAAUGUCAAACAUCGUCGGACUGCGCAAGCCAUCCUAAUACUAAAUGUGAUGGAUGUGUUUGUAUUCGUGAUGAAAAGGUAUCAACGAAUUGCGCACAUUGCCGCCCAGGAGUACCUUGCGAUCCGUUCUCUGGAGCGUGCAUGGAAAAUGCUCGGCCUAUACAUGUCCCACUAACCGAAAGAAACUCCGAUACUACCACAGAUCAGUUUUCAACGAGUGAAACAACUACUAAUACUUUAGAAUUAACUGGUUUGACCUCAAAAUCCCCAUACAGUACCGUUAUGACUUAUGACAUUACAGAGACUAAUGAUAUAACAGAUACAACUUUUGUAGUAACGGAAACAACUAUUCCAGAGAAACUUUCGACUACAUCUCUUACUGAUAAUUUCUUUGAUUCAAGUACAACGUUAAGUCAAGACUUAGGUAGUUCAAUAACGUCACCACCUUCAGAAAAUCAAGAAGUUAUAGACAGUGGUGAGGUGGUUGUAAGUAAAAGUCAGAACUCAACAACUGGAAAGCCUUACUUAAAUCGUAAUGAAACUAGCGGCACUCAUAAACGUGUCAAUGAAAAUAGAAAUACAAAAACUCCAGAAAAUAGAAGAAAUCUACAAAAUACGUAUGAUUCAAAUUUCAAAACUGCAGUUACAAAUCCUAUAAAUAUAACUACAAAACAACCUAAUAAUGAAACACUUCAAAACGAUCUAUCAACAAAGAAAACUUACAGUAUAGAAAGAGGAGAUCAAACUGUUGAAAUACCAGAUAUAUCAACUACGGAAUAUGCCUUAAUAACAGAAUAUAUCACAACACAAAAUUUGCAAGAAGCUGAUGAUAGCAGUACUUCUGACAUCGUUACAAUAAAAGAAAGUAACAAGGAGCAGUUUGUGACAUCAUCUGACUAUUCACCAGGCACAAAAAGUACCCACUUUACAACUUUAACAGAGGAUACUGAAACCACAAUAACUAAUACAACACCUCAAAGAUCUACUUCUAAAUCAAAAGGGUCAACUACAGUAACUGAAAUAAACUACAGCAUUACGACACAUCCUGGUGAAGAUAGUGUUGGUGAAGAAGUAGAAAAUAAAGCCUCCUUAGUUACUGAUGCCCCGAAAGUACUGAAUACGGACAAAUUGGAUGUUUAUGAUGACAUUAACUAUACUACAAGUCGCAUAACUGAGUUAAAUCCACAAGCAAAUGACAAGAAAACUAAUAUUCCGGUAGAAGUGGAAGCUAGUACAGUUACCACAUAUUUUGAUACAGAUAAAUUAAAUGUAAAUAGCCAAGAUAAUAUAAAGAUAACAACAUCUAUAAGUGAUCAGAUGGAAACACAUACAAUGGAAAGUUUAUAUACAAGAAAUGAAAAAGACGUACCGACUUACAACACAGAAAAAUACAUGUAUAAUACUGAAAAUGUAUUGACAACAUUUGAAACUUCUUCUGUAGGUUCUAACGAAGUAGUGACUGGUCAAUUUGACUUCAUAAAUACCGAUGCAGAAGAAAUGACAAAUACAAAUUCAAUGACAACAUCAAAUGUAGGAACAGAGGAUAAAAUUUUAAGUACCACUAUUCAAGAUUCCACUAUUAAGUAUACAAAUAAAGAUUCUACUUCAUAUAUUCCUGGCGAAAAUAAUCAUAAAACUUAUAUAAGUACUUUAGAUAACUUUGAAAACGUUAAUACCUUUGUUGUAUCUACUGACAGUGUAAAUCAACCUGAAUUAGAACAUACAAUAUCUGAGAGUUCUCGAGAAGUGGAAUCUUCCACGUACUCAUUAAGCCAACAAAAGUUCUCUGACCAUACUGAAACUUCUGCUGAAAGUAGCACAACUGCCUCAAAUGAGUUAAUUAUAUCACAAACCAGUCCAGAACAGAAUCACUACACAACAUCAGAAACGACAGAACACAAAAUAUUAUUUGCGGGUACAAAUGAAAAUGAACAUAUUUUUACCACGGCUUCAACAGUUUAUGAUUCAAAAAAUACACCAACUGACAGUUUAAUGGUAAAAUAUGAUGAGUACACAACUAGAAAAAGCACUGACGUCGAUAUUAAAUUCACCACUGAUUCUUUGACUGAUGUUACCUCAACAAAUUAUAAAGAAAUUUCAGAAAUCAGUAUGACAACAAACAAUAUUCUUGAUGUUUCAGAAAUUAAUUCUACAGAGGCUAGUAUACCUACAAUUGAAUAUAGUAGUUCUGAUUAUACAAAUCCAUCAGAUUUAAAAACAGCUAUGAGUGUAGAAACAACUACAGAUAGUAGAGAAUUUAAAACUACCUAUGUGGAAACCAGAAACGAUGGUACCACUACAUAUGGUGUUAAUAGCAUAGGAUUUGAUAAGUCGGAGAAUACGAAAAAAGUUCCUAUUGAAAAUAUAGUUUCUACAGAGGCAAUACACAGUAAUUAUGAAUCAAGUGCAGAAUUUGCCAGUACAACUAAUAAAAAUUUCGGUGUAAAUGAUGGAAAUGAAAGAAAAAGUACAUUACAUACAACUUAUUCAGACGUUACUCAAAACGUUUAUAGUGUAGGUAAUAAAGUUAAUAAUCCUGAGACGGAUGAUAUUUCUGAUAUGAAUAGCGUUGAAACAAAUACAGAUUCGUAUGAACUGUACACAUCAACAAAUAGAUAUAGCGAACAUAAUGCAUAUUUCACAGAAAAAUAUACACGUGAAAAAUCACAUAGUGAUUUUUUUACAACAACUGCUUCCACUACUUUAGAUACAGAAACAACAGAACAAACUUCUUUAGAUUUUACAUCCUAUGACACAACGAAUAUUGAAGCUAUUGCGACAACACAAGAUCAUAUGUUUACAGAAACAACUUCGGUUGUACAAGAUAUAGGUAGUAAGAAUAAUUAUUUGCCCGGAACCACAGAAUCAACAACCGCUGAAAAUAUUGGAAUUUCAACGAGUCAGAAUCUUGAACAUGAAUCUGACUCAGAUAUUCCGUACACUAGUAUAACGCAGCUGACCACCAAUCAACCAUCAACCUUCGAAAAAUCUACAACAAAUUCAUAUUUAAAAGAUACAUUUUCUAAGGGAAUGGAUAUGGUUGUAAUAAAAGAAGAGGAUAACAAAAAUCCAUCGAUAGAGGUUAUCACCACAAUAAAAUCUAGUAUGGCUUCUACAAUUGCUGUUGAUGAUGAUAUCCAAACUACUCAAGUAACACCCAAGGAAACUAAAAACUACGUAAUUGAUGUUACAUCAACAGAAAAAUCGAAUAUAUUAAAACUUACAACAGAAUCAUUUCAAUCAAUAGAUAAUGAUGCAAAUACGUUUACUCCAAAAUAUGAAAAUAGAUCCACAGUUACUCUGGAAACAAUAAACAUUCAAACCACACAAUCGGGCAAGUAUUCUGAGUCGACGCAACCUACAACAGAUGACGUCACUUCUACCGAAUUCAAAAGUGUUACCUCUAUUGCUCUUGAAGAAAUUAGUAAAACUGAAAUACUCGAUGGGUAUACAUCAACUUCUACCGACAAAUACGACGUAACCACUAAUCCAAAUAUUGAUACAACUACAGAAAUAUCUGAGGUAAAUAAAGGAAAAAAUAAAUACCCUUCUACAAUAUCAUCAACUUUCAAUGCAUUUUCUGAUAACUUAUCUUCGAGGCAAAAAGACACUGAUAUUUUCGCCUGGACUGAGACUACUUUAUUUACUGAAUCGACACAAACUUACGAUUUGGAUGAUGUUACGACUAGAGUUGAUUGUACAUUUGACGUUGACUGUAAUAUAAACAAAUCUUGUCUAAACGGGGUUUGCCAAAAUCCGUGUGAGGUCCAGAAUCCGUGUAUACAGAAUAAAACCUGUAAUGUUUUCAACCAUGUAGCAGUUUGUGAGUGUAACGACGAGGCCAGGGACAACUGCGUUAGAGAAUCACCUGGGACACCUAAAGCACCAGAACCUUGUCAUUCUGAUCGCGACUGUAUAGAAACUGAAGCCUGUUUUAUGGGACUAUGUCAAAAUCCAUGUGAAUUUGAUAACGUAUGUGGAGCUGGAGCUAAUUGCAAUCCCGUAAAACAAAGACCCAUGUGUUCAUGCCCAGCCGGGCAUGAAGGAGAUCCAGCUGUAAAAUGUUCACCUAAAAUAACCGGUUGCACUCGAAAUGAAGAAUGUCUUGUGACGGAGGCUUGUAUAAAUAAUGCAUGUCAGCAUCCGUGUGCGAUACACAACCCGUGUGCACCUAACGCCGUCUGUAUAAACACAAAUCAUGGUUCGGAUUGUAGCUGCAUCGAAGGAUUCCAAGGAAACGGAUACGUUGGAUGUGUACCAGUGGUUGAAUCUCGAUCAGUUUGCCAGUAUAAUGAAGAUUGUCCUCCGGAGCUAUUGUGUGACAGAUUAAAUAGAGUGUGUAUUAACCCUUGUGCUGUGAAUACAUGCGGUGAUAAUGCCGAAUGUUACCCUGCGAGUCACGGUAUUCAAUGCAAAUGCUUAGCUGGUUUUACUGGAAAUCCCUUCUUGGAAUGUUAUCAAGUACAAGGAUGUCGAUCAGACAACGAAUGUCCAAAUACAGAAGCUUGUAUAAAUGGUAAAUGUGAUUCACCAUGCCGCUGCGGAAUCAAUGCCGUUUGCGAUGUAAUAAACCACCGUGCGUCCUGUAAAUGUUUAGCUGGAUUCUCUGGGAACCCAUCGAUUGGUUGUGAACCACCAACAAACCCAUGUGUUCCAAAUCCAUGUGGUAAUAACGCUUUAUGUGAAAAUGACAAUGGAAAUCCCAUUUGCUUCUGUCCUAAAGGUUUAACUGGAAAUCCAUUCAAAAAUUGUAUUCCCGAAGGAAAUGAAUGUGAACCUAACCCAUGUGGACCAAAUACAGGAUGCAGGGUGAUAGAAAACAAACCAGCGUGCUUCUGUUUGCCGAACUAUGAGGGAAACCCACCUCGUCAACCAUGCCAACUGCCAAAUAAUCCUUGUAAUCCAUCUCCAUGCGGUCCUAAUACACAAUGUACUGUUUUAUCUAACGGUUUCUCAAAAUGCACGUGUCUAUUAGGAUAUGUAGAAAGUCCUAAUACAGUGAGGGGUUGUGUUGAAGCCAGAAAUCCUUGCGAACCUAAUACUUGUGGUGUUGGUGCUCGUUGUGAUGCAAACAGAAUCCCAGCGUGCUAUUGUCCUGAAAAUACCAUCGGUAAUCCUUAUAAAUCAUGUAAUCAUCAAGCUUACUUACCACCAGAAGUAUUAUGUAAACCUGGAAAAUGCGGAAGUAAUGCAGAUUGUUAUGUCAGUAGUAACACUGAAAUGUGCUUUUGCAAAGCAGGAUUUAUCGGUGACCCGUAUAUUGGCUGUCAACCACAACGGAAUCCUUGUAGCCCAAAUCCUUGUGGGCCACAGGCGAUAUGUAAUGUAAACUAUGAAGGCCAACUCUCCUGUUUAUGUCCAGAAGGCAGUACUGGUGAUCCUUACAGUUUGAAUGGCUGUGUUUCCCGAGAGUGUGAAAUAGACGACGAAUGUCCAUCCAAUAAGGCCUGUAUUGGAUACACAUGCCGUGAUCCUUGCCCUGGAGUUUGCGGUAUAAAUGCUAGAUGUUACGUGGAAACUCAUCAUCCCGUCUGCGCUUGUGAAGAUGGCUAUGAAGGAAAUCCCCUUGUUUGUUGCUUACAACCAGAAAGUCAAAAAUCGAAUAGGCCUUGCGCAAGAACUACUUGUGGCAUUAAUGCAAUAUGCCAAGAUGUUGGUGAGAAGGCCAUUUGUGCCUGUCUACCUGAAUUCCACGGUGAUCCUCUGAUAGAAUGUAAACCGGAAUGUAUAAUGAACGCAGAUUGUGCAUCGGGCGAAGCUUGUAUAAAUCAAAAAUGUGUUGACCCAUGUGAUAACAACAACAUAUGCGGAAUUAAUGCCGUAUGUCUAUGUUCAGAUCACACAGUGUCGUGCUUGUGCCCGGAGGGGUACAUUGGUGAUCCAUUAAUACAAUGUCUUUACCGACCGAUUAUAAUAACACCUGACAAUACUACAGUACAACCAUGUUCACCGAAUCCUUGCGACCCUAAUUCUUAUUGUGACACAUAUGGUGAUAAAUUUGCAGUGUGCGAUUUAUGUGUUGGACCCAACUCUAUUAACAAUCCUGCUUGUAGACCAGAAUGUCUUUUAAGCUCUGACUGUACGUUUGAUAAGGCUUGUAUUCGAAACAGAUGUGUCGAUCCCUGUGCCGGUUCUUGUGGUCUGAAUGCUGAAUGCUCGGUCUAUCACCACGAACCUAUUUGUCGCUGCAAACCUGGCUUUGAAGGAAAUUCAUAUGAGGGUUGUAAAGUAAAUACUCAAGUUAUACAACCCAAGCUAUGUGAUAAUAUGCAAUGCGGGCCUAACGCCGUGUGUGACGAAAUAAAUGGGAUACUAACAUGCCAAUGUCUCCCUAAUUUCUAUGGAAAUCCGUAUAUUUCAUGCAGGCCAGAAUGUGUGGUUAACAGUGAUUGCAGUUUAAAUAAAGCAUGUUUAAAUAACAAAUGCGAAAAUCCUUGCAAGGAUAUUUGCGGAAUAGGGGCGCAAUGUGAAACCGUAAACCAUCACGCAGUAUGCUACUGUCCUCCAAAUCUUACAGGCGAUCCCUAUAUUAGGUGCCAGACACAACCCAAAAUACCUUCUACAUUAUCUAUAUGUGAUCCAUCACCGUGUGGUGCAUACAGCCGUUGCUUAGUCUCAGAAACAGGUUUUGCUAUAUGUUCUUGUUUACCAGGAUUUAGAGGAAUACCACCAAUGUGUCAACCUGAAUGUGUAAGCAAUUCUGACUGUGCACAAAAAGACACUUGUGUAAACCAAAAAUGUGUUAACCCUUGCCAAGGAAGCUGUGGAGUAGGAUCUAAUUGCAUCGUAGUCAACCAUAAUCCAAUUUGUAGUUGUGGACCCGGGGCAACGGGAGAUCCUUUCGUAGCCUGUACAGCGUUUGUUGAAGGUCCAUCUUCUGAUAAAAAUCCAUGUGUGCCCUCACCCUGUGGACCAAACUCCGUUUGUGAAAUAAGAUCAAACCAUCCAGUAUGUUCUUGCCAGCCAAACUAUUCAGGAACUCCACCUUUCUGUAGACCAGAAUGUGUAAUUAGUCAAGAAUGUUCACCAAAUCAAGCUUGUAUUAAUGAAAAAUGUAGUGACCCAUGUGUGGGCGCUUGUGGAAACAACGCUAAAUGUAACGUUAUUAACCAUACACCAUUGUGUAGUUGUAUGGAAGGCUAUAGGGGCGAUGCAUUUAUAGGAUGUAUUGCAGUGAACAAAGACGAAAACGUAUCGCCAUGCAACCCAUCACCGUGCGGUGAGAAUACUCAAUGUACCGUUAUUAACAACGCAGCUCGCUGUUCUUGUAUUCCACCAAAUAUUGGUAAUCCGUACGCGGGAGGAUGUCGACCAGAAUGUAUUUCAAAUUCAGAUUGUCCUAACCACCUGGCGUGCUUAUCCAAUCAUUGUAGAGAUCCUUGUCGAGAUUUAUGUGGCCUCAAUGCUGAGUGUGUGGUGACUAAUCAUGUACCCGUAUGUACAUGCUUCAAAGGAUAUCAAGGUGAUCCAUUUUCAUCGUGCAGACCAGAAUAUAGAACACCAACACCAUUCAAUCCAUGCGAACCUUCUAGCUGUGGACCAAACAGUGAAUGCCAUGUAGUUAACAACCGUGCUGCAUGUUCCUGCCGUGUUGGAUAUCUGGGUGCCCCUCCUACUUGUAGACCGGAGUGCGCAGUUAACUCCGACUGUCCUCCUACUAAAGCCUGCAUAAAUCUAAAGUGUAAAGACCCCUGUGUAAACAGCUGCGGACUCGAGGCUCGCUGUCACGUGAUUGGGCACAACCCUAUUUGUACCUGUCCUGAGAACAUGCCUGAAGGCGAUCCGUUUAUCAAAUGUUAUAGAAAGAGUAUUACGGCACCAGCACCAAACCCGUGUCUUCCGUCGCCGUGCGGACCACACUCAACCUGCCGUAGCGAACUGGGGCGCGCCGUGUGCGCCUGUGAACCUGGAACAUUGGGCGCGCCACCUGCAUGCCGUCCACAGUGUCUCAUCAAUCAAGACUGUCCACUCGCCCUCGCGUGUCUUAGGGGUACCUGCAUCAACCCUUGUGUCGGUUCUUGUGGCUUCAACGCUAAAUGUUCCGUACAAAACCACCAGCCUAUAUGUUCCUGUGAUGAUGGUUAUUCUGGAGAUCCUUUUGCUGGGUGUAGUCCAUUUGAAAUUUCUAAAGAAGUUCCUCGACAACCAUGCAAUCCUUCACCUUGCGGAUCUAAUGCAAUUUGUCGGGAAAGGAACGGUGCAGGUGCAUGUACAUGUAUAGAUGAAUUUUAUGGGGACCCAUAUCAGGGUUGUAGACCGGAAUGUGUUAUGAAUACAGAUUGUGCUCCGGACAGGUCUUGCUUUAAUAACAAAUGUGUAGAUCCUUGUCCGGGCACAUGUGGGCGAAAUGCUGAAUGUAAAGUGACCAAUCACGCACCUUCAUGUUAUUGCUUGACUGGAUUUUCUGGAAAUCCUCUUCAUGCAUGUAAUCCUAUAAUAACUAUCCAAGAACCUGUCAAUCCUUGCCACCCUUCACCAUGUGGCCCGUAUAGUAAAUGCCGAACUUUUAACGGUCAUGCUGUUUGUACAUGUCUCGAUAUGUGUGUGGGAUCUCCACCAAAUUGUCGGCCUGAAUGUAUUGUGAGUUCGGAUUGUCGACCUGAUAAAGCGUGUGUUAAUCAAAAAUGUCAAGACCCAUGUCCGGGUACUUGCGGUGUAAAUGCAAAUUGCCAUGUUGUCAAUCAUAAUCCAGUUUGCAGUUGUUUUAUUGACUAUACUGGUGAUCCAUUUGUGCGAUGUUACUUGGAAGACAAACAUAUGGAGCCAGUCGACAAUUGUCUACCAAGUCCCUGCGGACCAAAUUCUCAGUGUAAAGAUUUAGGUGGAGUACCAGUGUGCUCAUGCAUAAACAACUACAUUGGACGACCACCAAAUUGUAGACCUGAGUGUACGUUAAAUUCUGAAUGUCCCAGUAACUUAGCAUGUAUAUCUGAAAAAUGCAGCAAUCCAUGUCCGGGCUCGUGCGGCAUACACGCUACUUGUAACGUUGUAAAGCAUAUCCCCAUAUGCACAUGUGAUAAAGAUUACACUGGGGAUCCAUUUUCCGGUUGUUAUUUAACUCCAAUUAUUGAACCGCAACUAGAAAGCCCAUGCUCCACAUCACCUUGUGGUGCUAAUGCCGUGUGUAAAGAGAGACAUGGAGCGGGCUCAUGCUCUUGUCUGCCCGACUAUUAUGGUGAUCCAUACGUAGAAUGUCGACCAGAAUGUGUUCUUAAUUCCGACUGUCCCAAAGAUAGAGCGUGCAUUAAUAACAAAUGCAAAGAUCCGUGUCCUGGCGUUUGUGGUAUGAAUGCGGAGUGUCGAGUAAAUAACCAUGCACCCUCUUGUGCGUGCUUCUCUGGAUACGAAGGAAAUCCAUUUACUUCCUGUUUUAUCAGCCAAAUAGAUAAACAGAAACCCGUCCAGCCGUGCAACCCAUCGCCAUGUGGGCCUAAUAGUAUUUGUCGAGAAAGUCAUGGACACGCCAUUUGUGCGUGCCAGGACGACUAUUUCGGUUCACCCCCUUCUUGUCAUCCCGAAUGUAUGGUUAGCAGUGACUGUAUGCCAAACAAAGCCUGCAUUAACAAAAAAUGCGUAGAUCCAUGUAUCAGUGCUUGCGGGAAAGACGCGAAAUGCAAUGUUGUGAACCAUAAUGCAUUAUGUAGUUGCCCCCGUAACUAUAUUGGUGAUCCAUUUAUACAAUGUGUUUAUGAACAACGUCCUGAACCAAAACCGUCACAAAAUCCAUGUAUUCCUUCUCCAUGUGGACCAAACUCACAAUGUCGAAUGGUAGGUGAAACACCAGCUUGUUCAUGUAUGGCUGGUUACGUGGGCAGAGCCCCGAAUUGUCGCCCCGAAUGUAUUUAUGACGAAGAAUGUCCUAGCAAUCUUGCUUGUAUUCGCGAAAAAUGUAUGACACCUUGCGAUGGUUCUUGCGGCGCACACACUGAUUGUAUGGUGAUUUCACACAAAGCUGUAUGUCGAUGUCAAGAAAGCUAUACCGGUGACCCUUUUAGUGGUUGUUAUUUUAUUGUGACUGUUGCAAGUGAAUACGAAAGCCCUUGUGAUCCAUCGCCGUGUGGUCCAAAUGCGUUAUGUACGGAAAAAAAUUCAGCUGGCGCUUGCACAUGUGUCCCUGGUUAUUUUGGAGAUCCAUACAUGGGAUGCCGUCCAGAAUGUGUGACAAAUAACGAUUGCCAUUUCGAUCAAGCUUGUUCCAACAACAAAUGUGUAAAUCCUUGUGAAGGUGCUUGUGGAGUCAACGCAGUUUGUAAUGUAGCACACCAUACUCCAGUAUGCUUAUGUAUCGAAGGUUAUAUGGGAAAUCCUACGGUAUCAUGUUAUCCACAGAAAAAAAUACCUGUUGAAGAAAAUCCCUGUGCACCGUCACCUUGUGGCCCAUAUAGUAAUUGUAAAGUUAUAGACGGACACGGAGUGUGUUCGUGUCAAGGGGACUAUAUAGGGUCGCCUCCUACGUGUAGGCCAGAAUGCGUUAUCAGUACAGAUUGUCCUCAACACCAAGCUUGCAUUAAACAAAAGUGUAGAGACCCUUGUCCGGGAACAUGUGGAAUUAAUGCGAAAUGCCAAGUUAUUAAUCAUAAUCCUAUCUGUACAUGCAAAGCAGGAUUUACUGGUGAUCCAUUCGUUACUUGUCAACUGGAACCAAAACCUAUUCUUCCGGUGCCUAAGGGAAACCCAUGUGUACCAUCGCCGUGUGGCCCCUAUUCGCAAUGUAAAGUAGUUGGAGAAGCGCCUGCAUGUUCAUGCUUACCAAACUAUAUUGGUGUUGCACCAAACUGUAGACCAGAAUGUUCUAUUAAUGCGGAAUGUCCUGGUAAUCUUGCAUGUCAAAAUGAAAAGUGUGUAGAUCCAUGUCCGGGAUCUUGUGGCUUUAACGCUGAAUGCACCAUCGCAAAUCAUAUAGCACUAUGCCAUUGUAUCAUUGGAUAUACAGGUGAUCCGUUUAGUGGAUGUUCUAUCAUCGAACAUGCUCCAGAGCCACCACCAAACCCUUGCAAUCCAUCUCCGUGCGGUGCUAAUGCAAUAUGCAAAGAGAGAAACGGCAUUGGUUCAUGCUCCUGCCUUCCUGAAUACUUCGGUGACCCAUACACCGGAUGUCGUCCUGAAUGUGUUUCGAACUCAGACUGUGACCGAAACAAGGCGUGUUCAAAUAACAGAUGUAGGGAUCCAUGCCCUGGUGCCUGUGGGAUCAAUGCAGAGUGUAGAACUGUUAAUCACGCCCCAACUUGCACCUGCCUUACAGGAUACACAGGAAAUCCGCUAACAAAGUGUGAAGAACAACAAGUAUCGGAACGAGACGAGCCACAACUCAACCCGUGUCAGCCAUCACCUUGUGGACCUUAUAGUUUGUGUCGGGCAGUCAACGGUCAUAGCGUUUGUACUUGUGAAACGGGAUACAUCGGAACGCCACCUACUUGUCGCCCUGAAUGUAUUGUUAGUUCAGAAUGUCCACAAGACAAAGCAUGCGUUAAUAAGAAAUGUCUAGAUCCUUGUCCAAAUACUUGUGGGUUGAAUGCACGCUGUCAAGUUGUUACACACAAUCCAAUAUGCAGUUGCACUCCUGGAUAUACUGGCGAUCCCUUUACUAGAUGCACAUUGACAGAAAGGACGGUACCAACUAAUCCGUGUGACCCAUCACCCUGCGGGGCAAACUCGGAAUGUCGUGUGAUAGGUGACCAAGCGGCUUGUUCUUGCCUACCAAAUUAUAUUGGAAGAGUACCAAAUUGUCGGCCAGAAUGUUCAAUCGAUCCUGAAUGUCCUAGCAAUGCAGCCUGUAUUAACGAACGCUGUAAAGAUCCAUGCCAGAAUGCCUGUGGAUUAAAUGCACUAUGUAUGACAGUGAAUCAUAAAGCUAUCUGUAAUUGCCAGCAAGGUUUCACUGGAGACGCUACUGGGAACUGCAUUCAAAUUGUUAUUUCGUCGACGGAAAUGACACCGACCUCAAGUCCAUGUACCCCUUCGCCGUGUGGACCAAACGCGGAAUGUCGUGAAUUUAAUGGAGCGGGAGCGUGCUUCUGUUCCGAAGGAUAUGAGGGUGACGCCUACAGCUCGCAAGGAUGUCGUAGAGAAUGUGAAAACAAUGAUGAUUGUCCAUUAAACCUAGCUUGUACGCGUUUCAAAUGUAUCGAUCCCUGUCCGAGAACUUGCGGACAAUUUGCACAAUGCAUUGUUGAAAAACAUAUACCAGUCUGCACUUGUCCCAGAGGUUAUACCGGGGACCCAUUCUUCCAGUGUAAACAAAUAGUUUUGAAAGAUGUUCCACCUUCAAACCCAUGUGAGCCUACUCCCUGCGGUCCAAAUAGUCAAUGCAGACAAGUAAAUAUGCAAGCGGUAUGCUCGUGCUUACCAAAUUAUGUGGGUUCUCCACCAUCAUGUAGACCACAAUGUAUUGUAAAUAGUGAAUGUGAUUCAUCAAAGGCGUGUAUAAAUCAAAAAUGUGAUGAUCCCUGCCCGAACACUUGUGGCUUGAGAGCACAUUGCCAAGUCAAGAAUCAUAACCCUAUUUGUACAUGUCCAGCUGGUAUGACUGGAGAUCCGUUUACGCAAUGUUACCAAAUUCCAUCUAGUACUACCGAACGUCCUCCUUCUUGCACUCCUUCGCCCUGUGGACCCCACUCACGGUGCCAAUUGUUAUCGAGUGGACCUGCUUGUUCUUGUCUGCCGGGUUAUAUUGGCUCACCACCAUCAUGUCGUCCUGAGUGUACAAUCAAUUCUGAAUGUCCGGCUUCCUUAGCUUGCGUUCGACAAAAAUGUGAAGACCCAUGUCCAGGUUCAUGCGGAGUGGAGGCCAAUUGUCACGUCUUGAAUCAUGUAGCAGUUUGCGUCUGUAAUGAAGGCUACACAGGAGAUCCAUUCUCCAGAUGUUCUCCAAUUAGUGAGGUUCUUACAACUCCUGCACCGCAAGAUCCAUGUAAUCCGUCACCUUGUGGGUCAAACGCUAAAUGUGAUAAUGGAUUCUGUACAUGUUUACCGGAAUAUAGAGGAAAUCCUUACGAAUCAUGUCGACCGGAAUGCACCGGCAGCCAAGAAUGUCCUAGAGACAAAGCUUGCUUCCGCAAUAAGUGUCAAGAUCCUUGUCCAGGUGUAUGCGGGCAAAAUGCCAAAUGCGAUGUUAUUAACCAUAUACCAAGUUGUUCAUGUAUUGCUGAUUAUACCGGAAAUCCAUUUGUACAUUGUCAACCAAUGGAAAGAGAAAAGUCUAGACCUAACGACCCAUGCCAUCCGUCGCCUUGCGGACCGAAUAGUAUCUGUAAAAAUGUAGACAAUACAGCCGUAUGCGCUUGUGUAGAAGGCUUCCAAGGAUCGCCACCAGGCUGUAGACCCGAGUGCGUUGUUAGUUCUGAAUGCCCAUCAACAAAAGCGUGUGUUAAUAAAAAAUGUGUUAAUCCCUGUAUCAACGCAUGUGGUCUCUUGGCACGUUGUGAGGUUAUUAAUCAUAGUCCUAUCUGUAGCUGUAACAUUGGCCAGACAGGAGACCCAUUUAAGAGCUGCUUUGACAUCAUAAUAACACCAAAUGAUCCCGUCGACGCGUGCAAUCCAUCACCGUGUGGACCGAACUCGAUAUGUGUUGAAAGAAAUGGAAAGGCUAAUUGUAGAUGCGCCGAUGACUAUAUAGGACAACCUCCAAACUGUAGACCAGAGUGUGUGAUUAAUCCCGACUGUCCUUCCAAUCAAGCAUGUAUAAGAAACAAAUGUAUAGAUCCUUGUCCGGGCUCAUGUGGAGUAAAUGCUGACUGUAUUAUUGUCAGUCACACAGUCUCUUGUGUUUGCCGUGAACAAUUUACUGGAAAUCCAUUUUUACAAUGUGUCCCACAAGAAGAAAAAGUUGUGAAACCAUGUGACCCUUCACCCUGUGGAAUGAAUGCUGUGUGUACUCAAAGAGAUGGAGCUGGUGCAUGUUCUUGCUUAGAGGGUUAUCAAGGAAAUCCAUAUGAGGGAUGUAGGCCUGAAUGUGUUUUAAGCUCAGAUUGUUCAGCAGACAAAUCUUGCAUUCGUAAUAAAUGUGCUGAUCCAUGCCCAGGAAUCUGUGGAAACUUUGCUGAAUGUACUGUAGUAAAUCAUGUGCCUACAUGUGCUUGCCUUAAGGGAUAUUCCGGCAAUCCUUUUGUACAAUGUGCUAGAGAUGAACCAAUAGUGGAAGUUAAACCUUGUCAGCCCUCACCGUGUGGUCCAAAUAGUGUUUGUAGAGAAAACGGUGGCUUAGCCUCUUGUGAAUGUUUACCAGAAUAUAAAGGAGCACCACCUGAUUGCCGCCCAGAAUGUACUGUGAGCAGCGAAUGUCCACCUGAUCGUGCCUGUCAUAAACUCAGAUGUGCAGAUCCUUGCAGAGGAACUUGCGGUCUUGGUGCACAUUGUCAAGUUAUUAACCACAGCCCAUUAUGUAGCUGUCCCGCGGGCACUACUGGAGAUCCCUUUAGUCGGUGUCAAGAAAUAGAGUAUAGUAAAACAGAAGAUCCGUUGGAGCCCUGUUCUCCCAAUCCUUGUGGUCCUUACAGUGAAUGUCGACCAAUUAAUGGCUACCCUUCAUGUUCGUGUAACGGCGAUUAUUUAGGUACGCCGCCAAAUUGCCACCCUGAGUGUCUAGUCAAUACCGACUGCCCAUCACACCAAGCCUGUAUAGCUGAAAAGUGCACUAACCCUUGUGAAGGCUCAUGCGGAUUUAGAGCCGAAUGUCGUGUACAAGACCAUAUACCUAUUUGCAGCUGCCCUACAAGAUAUUCUGGAGAUCCAUUCAUACAAUGUGCGGAAGUAAUCGUAUCAACGCCCCCACCAACUGCAGACCCUUGCAAUCCAUCACCAUGCGGAUCAAAUUCCAUAUGUGAUAAUGGCGUUUGCCUUUGUGCUAAAGGAUUCUUUGGAGAUCCUUAUUUCGGUUGUCGUCUUGAAUGCUCAACAAAUGGAGAAUGUUCACCAACACGUGCUUGUCAUGGUGGAAAAUGCUUGGAUCCCUGCCCUGGAGCCUGUGGGACUGGUGCCAUCUGUUCCGUUAACAACCAUAUACCAUCAUGUUCUUGUGCAGUCGGUACAUCAGGUGAUCCAUUCUCAUACUGUACGGAGAUCAUAAAAGAAGAACCACACCGAUCGCCAUGUACUCCAUCUCCUUGUGGACCAUACAGCGAAUGUACAGUGAGUACCAACGGUGCGGCUGCUUGUUCGUGCCGCUCUGGUCACAUUGGGUCACCACCAACUUGUCGUCCAGAAUGUCUCGUUAGCUCUGAAUGUAAAUUACAAGAAGCAUGUAUAGACCAUCGUUGUCGGGACCCGUGUGAAGGAGCUUGUGGUCGUGGAGCACGCUGCCAAGUUAUAGCACAUUCUCCAAUAUGUACCUGCACUGAUGGAUAUUCUGGUGAUCCGUUCACUUAUUGCUCACCAGUACCGAUAUCGCCCCCGACUCCAAUCGAUCCAUGUGAGCCAACGCCCUGUGGACCGAAUUCAAUAUGCGUUAAAACAGGAGAUAUACCAGCAUGUAGUUGUCAAGCGGGUUAUAUUGGGUCACCACCCAACUGUCGGCCAGAGUGCACGAUCAGUGCUGAAUGUCCCGCGGCGUUGGCCUGUGUGUCUCAGAGAUGUAAAGAUCCAUGCGUGCACGCUUGCGGCUCCAACGCGGUGUGCUCUGUUGUAGAUCAUCGAGCGACAUGUGCCUGUGAACAUGGUUACCAAGGAGAUCCAUUCCAGGGUUGCAUUCCACCUAAAGCUAAAAUACCAAAUGACCCCUGCAACCCAUCACCUUGUGGCCCUGGAGCAAUUUGUCGGGCCAGAGGUAACGGUGCAUCGUGCGAAUGUGAACCUGGCCUAAGAGGGGAUCCUUACUCAAAUUGUCGACCAGAAUGUCUUGCGGACUCUGAUUGUUCCCCUGCUCGAGCUUGUAUAAGAUCUAAAUGUCGAGACCCAUGUGAAGGCACCUGCGGAGUGGGUGCUGACUGUGAAACUGUCAAUCACAUACCACUUUGCUCAUGCCCAACGGGUACUAGAGGAAAUGCUUUUGAACGAUGUGAUAUCGUAAUAACAGCACCACCAUGCACACCAUCACCAUGUGGUCCUGGAGCGUUGUGUUCAGUUGUAAACAAUAAUGCUGUAUGCUCUUGCCCGAGUGGGACCAGCGGUGACGCUAGUUCCAUUGGCUGCAGGCCAGAAUGUGUAGUGAGCUCUGAAUGCCCACGGGAUCGCGCGUGUGUUAGAAAUAAAUGUAUAGACCCAUGUCUCGGAGCUUGCGGCAACGGGGCUAUGUGCCGCGUAUUUGACCACGCACCAAUUUGCUCCUGCCCGCCAUCGACAACUGGUGAUCCAUUCUACAACUGCGUAGCGCGAGACGUGCCUACCACUUCACCUACAGUAUUCGAUCCUUGUGAUCCAAAUCCGUGCGGACCUCAUGGAACAUGCCGCGAUGGUUUUUGUUCAUACCCAGAGUGUGUAGUAAAUGACGACUGUCCCGGUGAUCGCGCUUGUAUGAACCGCAAAUGUUCAGACCCUUGUGUCGAUUCUUGCGGAAUUAACGCUAUCUGUACUGGAGUGAGACAUUCAGCUGUUUGUUCAUGUCCUGCAGGAUACACGGGCUAUCCAUUUGUUAAGUGUGAACGUAUUACAAUUUCGACACCACCACAGCCUUUGCCAGAAUGCACUAUAGACCAAGAGUGUGCUGACAACAUGGCUUGUGUAGAUACCAGAUGUGUCCCAGUAUGCACACAGAAUAGUUGCGGACUUAAUGCUCAAUGUAUUGCAAGACAGCAUAGAGCCCAUUGUGCUUGCUUACAAGGGUUUGAAGGAGACGCUUACACUGGAUGCUAUUCCGUGCAAUGCCAUAGCAAUAAUGACUGUCCUGAUGAUGAAAGCUGUGAUAGCGGAACAUGCAUAAAGGUUUGCUCGCGAAUACGAUGUGGAACUGGGGCCAAAUGUAUCGCUCGGGGACAUAUAGCCUCUUGCGAGUGCAAUCUUGGAGCUCGUGGUAAUCCAUGGGUAGAAUGUCGUACUGAAGAAUGUGUCAUCGAUAACGACUGUCCAUCUUGGUUAGCCUGCAGAGGAAAUGUUUGUAAAGAUCCAUGCCCAGGAAGCUGUGCUGAAAACGCUCAAUGUUCGGUUCUUAGACACGUACCGAUCUGUGAAUGCUUACGCGGAACUAAUGGCAAUCCCAAAAUAAAUUGCCGACCCGUUCUUGAAGAAAUCGAAUGUUCCAACGAUGCAGAAUGUGGGCCAAAUCUAGCAUGCCUACAAGGAAGAUGUAAGAACCCCUGUGACUCCACAUCCUGCGGUGUGCGAGCGGAAUGUCGCGUUGCAAAUACUCUACCAUUCCGAACAUUAGUUUGUGAAUGUCCUAAACCUUUGAGUGGUGAUGCUUCCGUACAAUGUAAUCCGAAAGGUGAAUGUAGCGAAGACAAUGAUUGUGGAGAGGAAGAACGGUGCCUUCAAGGUCGUUGUGCUUUAGCAUGCGAUUCGCAGUUAUGUGGAGCAGGCGCGGAAUGUCGUGCUGUCGCACACCGAGCUUCUUGCUCUUGUGUACCACCACUGCAAGGAGAUCCAAAUGUUGCUUGCACACCAGGCGUAGACGGUAGUAUGUGUCUCUCAGACGCGGAAUGUGGUGCAGCUGAGGCAUGCGUGUCUCGGCGCUGCGUGUCCGCAUGCGCAGGCGCGUGUGGUGCCGGAGCACUCUGCGAACCCGACAGACACAGAGCGCGUUGCCGAUGCCCACCUGGCACUGCAGGCGACCCAGCACGUGCCUGCUAUACACCCGAAUGUACCGUCGAUGAAAACUGUCCUUUCGACAAGUCCUGUAUGAAUGGGUACUGUCAAGACCCAUGUGCCCUAGAAACACCAUGCGGACGUAAUGCAGUUUGUGACGUCAUUGCCCAUGCAGCAACGUGUCGAUGCCCCGCGGGAACGCAGGGCGAUCCGCGACGUGCGUGUGUCGCAGCUGCUUGCCAAUACAAUGAAGAUUGUGAUCUCACUAAAGCAUGUGAUAGACUAAACCGCGUUUGCCAGCCCGUUUGUUCCGAACAUGCUUGCGCGCCUGGCGCUUUAUGUACCCCGAGCGCCCAUCGAGCGAUCUGUACCUGUCCUCCAGACCGAUCUGGUGACCCCUACUUACGCGGAUGUGUAACAGUCGAAAAUAAUGAAGAAUGCUCAGUAGAUUCAGACUGCCCUGCGCCUUUCGCCUGCGUCAAUUCGCGUUGCAUCGAUCUCUGCCGUGAUAACCCGUGCGAAUCAGGAUUGUUCUGUAAAACCGUUGACAUAUUACCGUUGCGAGCGGUCGCUUGCGUGUGUGCGGAUGGUGGAAGAGUCGCGCCAGACACGGGCUGUCGAGCGCCACCACAAGGAGAAUGUUCCUCGGACAACGAGUGUGCCAACAGCCAAAUAUGCCGCCGCGGCAACUGUGUGGAUGCGUGCAAAGCAGCACCAUGUGGACAAAACGCCCUCUGUGAGGCGAUCGACCAUGUUGCGCGUUGUAGCUGUCCACCAGGAUAUUUGGGAAAUCCACGAAUUGAAUGUAACACAGAACCAAGACAGCCUGCAAUCUGGGAAUGCUAUAGCGAUAAGGAAUGUGGGGAGGAUCGUGCAUGCGUUGAGCGUGUGUGCGUGAACCCCUGUGUGGGCGCAUGCGGACCUGCCGCGCUCUGCCGCGUCUUGGAAAGGCAACCUGUGUGCUCCUGUCCCGUUGGUUACACUGGCGACGCCCGCAUACGCUGUACUCCACCUUCUCAAGAUUCCGUUAUACCAGUUGGUUGUAAAGCAAAUUCUGACUGUCCACUGUCUCAAGCUUGUAUUAACAGCGCCUGUGCUAAUCCUUGCGCUUGCGGCACCAAUGCCGAAUGUACCGUUGUACGCCAUCAUCCGGUUUGCUUCUGUCAAAAUGGUUUCUCUGGCAACCCCUACACUGAUUGUAUUAAAGUAAGCUGUACAGCUGACCGAGAUUGUCCCGACAGUGACAUAUGUUACAACGGAGCCUGUAUCAAUCCUUGUAUAGUAGAAUCUCCAUGCGCUAUAAGUGCGGAAUGCUAUGGCAAAUCUCAUAGAUCUAACUGUCGCUGUCCUGUUGGGACACACGGAAAUCCAUUGUCCAGGUGUCACGCAUCGGAAUGUGAAGCGGAAUCUGACUGUAAUGACGAUAGUGUUUGCGUCCGUGGAGUAUGUCAGAACGCCUGCUCUGUCGCUGGCCUGAAUCCUUGUGCUUCCAACGCCGAGUGCUUCGCGAAAAACCACGCCGCUUCUUGUAAAUGUCCCCCAACACUCCCACUUGGCGAUCCCUUGACUCAAUGUGAAAGAGUUCCGGUUAUUGGACAGCCUGAAUGUCAAAUGGACGGCGACUGCCCCAGCAGACAGGCGUGCCUUAGAGAUGUUUGUCAAGAUGCUUGUGCUGAGCUAACACCUUGCAUUGGAAACUCACGCUGUUCAGUUUCGGAUAGUAUACCGUUCCGUACGUUAAUAUGCAGAUGUCCUGAAGGCUACGUGCCUAACGUAAAAGGAGCUUGCGAUCCGCUCCAAUUACCACCACUAAGUUGUUCAUCUGACACCGAUUGUAGUGACCAAGAAUCAUGUGUUAAUAGGAUAUGCCGAAACCCAUGCAAUUGCGGUGACAACGCCGAAUGCUUCAUUAAAAAUCAUAGACCUGUCUGCUCCUGUCGAGACGGAUACGAUGGAAACCCUUACAGUUCUUGUCGUAUAGUUGGCUGCAGGACGAAUACAGAAUGUCCAUCUGACGAGGCUUGUGUCAACGGUAAUUGUGUCAGUCCUUGCUUACUAAAUAAUACGUGCGGAUUUAACGCUGAAUGUUAUGUAGAAAGAAAUCAUCCGCUAUGUCGGUGCAGGACAGGUUUCGAAGGUGACGCAUAUACGAAUUGUAACCCAAUUGAGUGCCGAUCAAACGGAGACUGCCCGAGAGACAAAUUAUGUCGAGGACACAAAUGUAUCAACCCUUGCCUCUCCGACAACAAUUGUGGACGAAACGCAAUAUGCCUUGUACGUAAUCAUCUACCGGUUUGUAAAUGUGAAUUUGGGUAUAAUGGAAGCCCCUACGUCGAAUGUAAGCCAGAAAUCACCACCGAAUGUACAGUGGACGCGGACUGUCCUUCCAAGAUGGCAUGCUUAUCAGCAAAAUGUGUCAACCCAUGUACUGCUUUACGACCUUGUGCAACACCAGCGCAUUGUGAAGUACUUGCUACGUUACCAGUGCGAACAAUGUUAUGUUCAUGUCCACCUGGAUAUGUGAGUGGCGGUGGAGGUGUAUGUCGUCCAUCCACCACAAUAAACGACGUCACUUGCGAAAUCGAUAACGAUUGUACUUCUAACCAUGCUUGCGUAACAUCUGUUUGCAAGAACCCAUGUGAUUGUGGACCUAAUACUGACUGCCAAAUACGAGAUCACAAGCCAGUCUGUGCCUGUCAACCUGGAUUCCUAGGGGAUCCUCAUACCGGUUGCUACUCAGUGACGUGUAGAGCUGAUAGUCAGUGUAGCGACGAUGAAUCCUGUAUCAACAAUCAAUGUGUACCAGCCUGCUCCGCGGAGCCCGAUCUGUGCGGAGACUCUGCCGAGUGCUACGGAGAACAACACAGAGCUUUCUGUCGAUGCCAAAUUGGAACAACUGGCAACCCUAACCUCGCUUGUACUCCUAUAAGUUGUCGAGCAAACUCGGAAUGUCCUUCUGAAAAAUCGUGUGUCAACAACAAAUGCGUAGAACCUUGUACAGCAUCCGCUUGUAAUGAGCCGGCGGAAUGCAGAAUUCACUCACAUGAAGUGUACUGUGUCUGCCCACCGGGUUACCAGAGCACCAAAGAUGGUUGCAAUAAGACAGAAGAAUUAUGUACUUCAGACAUUGAAUGUCCACCCGGAACCGCUUGUCUUAAUAGCAGAUGUGUUAACCCUUGUGUGGAAAUAGAGCCUUGUGGCAGAAACACUAAAUGUCUAGUCGCAGAUACGAAUCCCGUUAGGACCAUGAUAUGUGAAUGUGAACAAGGAUACAAAGGAAACGCGUUACUCGAAUGUACACCAUACAAACCCCCAAUAACAAAAUGCAUUGACGGACAGGGAGUAAACGAAUUCGGAGAAUGUGAGCCUUGUCUUGAAACCGAUGGCAAAAUAGUGGACGCACGUGGUCGGUGUGUAUGUGACGUAGAGCGUGGUUUUACCUCUAAAGGUGAUACCUGUGUCCCUAUCGGCUGUCGUGUUGACGAAGAAUGUGAUGAUGAUGCAAAAUGCAUGAAUGGAAAAUGCGUCCCAGUAUGUGAAGCCGAACCCUGCGGCCUAUUCGCCACUUGUACUGGAGUAAGUCAUCGCUCGCGAUGCACCUGCAUAACAGGUUACGUCGGUAAUCCGAAAGUAGCAUGUAAUGCAACAACACCGAACAUUACGUAUAGAACCGACUUCCCACUACCGGAUAUGCAGGUACACUGUUUAGCUGAUGGAGUACGAGUGAGCCUUAAGAUAAAGGACUUCAAUGGUGUACUCUACGUAAAGGGCUAUAGCAAAGACGAGCGCUGUCGCCUCAUAGUACACACAGCAGAAAACCAGGAAAGCCCCGUUGACUUUACGGUCCACUUUGGCGAUUGUGGUUUAGUUCAUGUUAAUGGUCUAGCAAGCUUUGUGCUGGUAAUGCAGAAACAUCCUAAGCUUGUGACGUCAAACGCUAAGGCGUUCCACAUCAAGUGCAUAUACCAGACGGGCGAACAAAAUGUGACAUUAGCUUUCAAUGUGUCAAUGUUAACAACUGCGGGAACUAUAGCGAAUACAGGCCCGCCGCCUACUUGCUCAAUGAGAAUCGUUUCUCGAACAGGAGAUGAGGUUAGCUCAGCCGAAAUUGGAGAGAACCUGGUACUGCAAGUAGAUGUCCAACCAUCAAGUAUAUAUGGCGGCUUUGCCCGAAGCUGUGUAGCAAAGACAAGUGAAGUAGCGACGAACAUAGAAAAUGAAUACACUGUGACUGAUGCGGACGGUUGCGCGACGGACGCCGCCAUCUUUGGGGAAUGGGAGAGAAGCGAAGAUGGCACCGCUUUACGAGCUGCCUUCAACGCUUUCAAAUUCCCAAGCAGUGAUAAUAUACGAUUCCAAUGUAAUAUACGUGUCUGUUUUGGAAAAUGCCAACCGGUGAACUGCCGGGGUAACGACGCUUUCGGCAAGCGCAAAAAGCGUGACGUAAUCGAUGACAACUCGUUGUCGGGACGUCUACGUGAGGAGGUGACCGUGGAGUCGAAUCAGAUCUUGACGUUGGAGCGGCGCGAUCCGUCUCGCGCGGCCAGACAACGCGACGCAUCAGACGGUCCGACCGGCAACGCCGCCGCCGAGGUGUGCGUUUCGGCAGCCGGGCUGGCGGUGGCGUUGGCGCUGACGGCGCUGCUAGCGCUGGUAGCCGUGGCAGCCGCGGUAGCGUGCUGGCUGGUGGCGUGGCGCCGAGCCCGACCACCCCCAGCUCCUCUGCCCCACCCCCCCGACUUCCCUAAUCCCCUCUUCCAGCGCUAAGUGUAUAUAGAGCCUCUACUAUAUUAAGUGAAGCAUUAUUAAUGAACUAAUCUAUCGAACUAGUCGUGCCCCGCUCCUCCGUCGGCGCCGGGCGGUGUCGGUCUCUUUCUAGUACUUCGUGCCGCCGGAGGACCGCCGGGUGAGGCCGUGACGGGCGCUCCUCGCUCGCGCCCGCUGCGUCCUACCUUUUUUUACUUUGUGUUGACGUCGCCUCCUUCGAACGUUGUGAUAUUAUAUAAAUCGAAUCAACGUAAUGUUGUGUAUAUUAAUUAUCGAAUUAGUUUAUAAGCAAUUAAUAAAAUAAUAAUAAUAA